AUGGGUGAGCCUCGUGUGUUAAUUCUCGGGCACUCUUUUAUUCGCCGUUUAAAUAGCUUUAUUACUGAUAGUACUCAUCUUGAUCAUCGUUUUAUGAUACACGAGCCCGCCCAGUUUAAAUGGCAUGGUGUAGGAGGUCGAACAGUUGAAAAAACUAUUCGCUGUGAUCUCCACGUGGUGGAGUCGUUUGCUCCCCAUAUUGUGAUACUACAGUUGGGAACUAAUGAUCUUUCCCACCUAGAUCCCUUAGUAACAGUCUCGGCAAUCGAAGACUUAGUAGGUAUUCUGUACGAAGAGCACAGUGUGCGACAAAUUUGUGUUUGCCAAACGCUAAUUCGCGAAAAUGAUGCUGCCUUUAACGCACGUGUUAAAGCCCUCACGAAAUAUCUGAAGGUCCUUCUAGAGCCAAUUCCCUAUUGCUUUUUUUGGGGUCACAGAGGUUUUUGGAAUACUUCGCAGAGAUAUUUCGCUCGUGAUGGUGUUCACCUUAAUAAGCGGGGGCACUAUAAGUAUUACCGAAGUCUCAGGGGGGCCGUUUUAAAGUCUUUGCAUUCCUGGGCACGUUCUGGCGAGCAGCCCAACUAGUUUUCGUAACCAUUUUCACUUGCCCAUUUCCUAUUUACUUAUCUGGUUUUUAGUUCAAACCAAGCCGCGUGGGUUAUCGCCUUGUGGUUUAGCUGGUUGUUCUGUUUGAUUUCCGGCAAUUAUUUGCCGCAUUUUGCUGACCACUUAUGGCCAAAUUUUGUGGUUUCUGAAACCUUAGAAGUGCACUGUGUGCCUUCCUAUUACCGGCUUUGGUAUGUAUGUUUGUUUGCUUGCAGUUACCAUGUUAUGAGUGUACAAUCCAUUUUGACCGCCUGCAUAUGUGGGUGUGUCCAAUGCACUCGGUAUACUGUCAAUGCUCUAAUGUUAUUGUGUUGUGGAAAUGGGUACCUUUUUUCGUUACUACUUAUGAGGUAUAACCCUCACUAUUUUUUCGUGUCAAUUUUGCACUCGAGUCAUUACGCAAAUUCAAAUACCUGCUUUGGAUCGGCUCCUCUGAUGACCCCCUUUUUCUAAUUUAUUUGGCAUUAAACCUUAUUUCUAACACUUGUUUCACUGCCUAUCACAUCUAUCACUUAUAGUUAGUUUUUUAUCCUUGAAAAAUGCCUCCUGCGAAGCGUACCACCGCCCCACAAGCCAGGCGCUCGAAACGGCUACGAACAGACCUCUCUGAGGCCGGACCUUCAUCGGUUGUGGAGAACCCUCCGAUGCCUCAGCAGCAAACUGGACAAGGAAGAGAAAUACAAGGAGGACAAGGAGCGAUGCAGCUGGACGUGCGGGCUCUCACAAGUACUAUUUCCGUGGCCGUCGCACAGGCCGUAAAGGAUGCAAUGGCUGCGCAUCAAGCCACCGUCUCCAGUACGGUAAUGCCAACGCCAACGCCGUCAGCCGCAGUAGAGCAGGUUGUGCAAAACGAAGUCCUCUCAUAUACAACAGGUACAAUUGAACAGGCACCCCUACCAGCAUUGCUUGGGGUUGGCGAUCAGCCUAGCCACCCCUUCUCUAGCAUAGCUGUUAAUCUAGGUUCUCGUGUUAGCGCUAAAAUCAAAGCGAAAAUCUGGGCAAAUGAAUAUAUUGACUUUGGGGCACUGCUCUCUGUCGCACCCCCUCGAGAAAAGUUUGCUCUUUCCAUGGUUUCCAGUGGGGGUGCCGUAAAUCAACCACAGUUAACUCUCGAGCCUUAUCAUACACCGAAAAAGGUCACUAAUAUCAGCCAGUGGCUCACCGCUUUUAACACAUUUGUAUCCAUUUAUUCCGUAAAAUGUUCCCAGGAUGCCCCUAAGCUAAUGAAAUAUUGCGAAGUGGUGCGUGACCUUGCUAAUAAGUCUGGGGACUGGAUUUUCUAUGAUGAGCAGUUUCGUUAUUUGCGACAAUCGUCCCCUGAAUUUUACCCGUGGGAUCAAAUUCAUUGGGAGCUAUGGCUACGUGCCCUGACUAAUUUUCGGGUCAAAUCACAAUCUUUCACCGGUAGUGAUAGAACAACCCCGCGGGGGCGAUUUCGAACCUCCACUCCCCCCUUUCCUAGGGGAACCUGUUGGUCAUUUCAUUCAGGGAGGCACUGCCGAGGUUGCCAAUACGAGCACGUGUGCUUCAAGUGUGGUGCGAAACAUCCCGCCACCCAGUGCCAAAACCAAAACUCCCAUCUGCGAACAAAUCCCGUUAAGUUCGGAGCAUCAAUUUCAGCUCAGCCUUCGGGGCAAUUCCCUAGUAACUCCCGUAAGAGUGGACCGGUUUGAACAGCUCCUUGCGGGAUACGACCAAACCCUGAAACAAUAUUUAAUCAACGGUUUCCGUUUCGGUUUUCGAAUUAAUUUCAUAGGAGAAAUUACCUCAUUUGAGGCCCCCAAUUUAAAAAGUGCUCUGCAAAAUCCGGACAUUCUAUUUUCGAAACUAUCUAAAGAACUUGAUGCUGGAAGAAUUGCGGGACCUUUUGACACCGCACCCUUUCCAUCGCCCGUUGGCAUAGUUCCCAAAAAGGUCCCAAAUGAGUUUAGGCUAAUCCACCACCUGUCAUAUCCCAAAGGCUUAUCUAUUAACGAUAGCAUUCCGGAUGACUGCUCUUCCGUACAAUAUGCCACGAUUAAUGAUGCUGUUCAAAUUCUUCAACGACUGGGGCCGGGUUCUUACUUAGCAAAAACAGAUAUUAAGUCAGCUUUCAGGAUCAUCCCAGUGAGUCCUCUUGACUAUCCUCUACUCGGCAUAAAAUGGGACAAUCAGUAUUAUUUUGAC